ACCCGGAGUUCAGCGUGGAGGAGUUCACGCGCGGGGCCAAGCAGGCCUUUUCUGUUGUUUCGAAGCUGCUGUCUCAGCGUAAACUUGACCUGCUGGAUGAACUUGUGUCAAAAGAGGUGCUUCAGGUGCUGAAGGAAAAGAUUUCUUUGCUCCCUGACAGCCACAGGGAUGCUUUAGCAGCUGACAUUGAUGCAAUCAUGUACACAACAGAAGGAGAUGUUCGCAUUUACUAUGAUGAUGAUGGAAGAAAGUUUGUUAGCAUCCUGAUGUGUUUCUGGUACCUGAAUGGUGCUAGCCUACCUGAUGAAGUACCUGGUGGAACCAAAAUUUUCCAGAUGGUGUUUGGAGAUGAAAGCACAAAAGAAAAAAAACAUCUUUUAACAGCAAACUAUGAGUUCCAGAGGGAAUUUACAGAAGGAGCAAAACCAGACUGGACAAUUACACGGAUUGAACAUCCAAGACUAUUAGAAUAAAUGCCUUCUACAGCCUUUUUAUGUACCAUCAUAAAUGUUCUGAUGUAACAAUUAUCAGGAUUUUGGGUCUCUCUUUUUCCCUUCCUGCCCUUUUCUCCAAAAGAGAGAUGAAUUUUGUAUGUUUGAUUUCCAAAAAUUGUUUCUGAAAUUUGCACUGUGCUGCAGAAUUACAAUAAAGUCUUUUUUCCCCUGAAACAGGCUAGUACAAAGUUAAUUGGUUCCAGUGCUCAUCCAAGGCAUUUAGACAGUGCAGUUUCACUCAGGCAGGUGUUAUGGGUAUGUUGACUGCUUACAUUCUAAGAAGAAAUGGUACUGUUUGAAGAUAAGCAGCACUUAAAUGGCUGAUGGCCCUUCU